AUGGGCCAGAUUCUGGUUUUGGUUAGGGAGAAGGAUAUCUGCCUCCUAGAUAACAGCAAAUUAAGACAAAGGUUAAAACAGCUUCAGGAUCUGCUCUACAUAUAUGAACUACAGCUGAAGGACAUCUUGGAGAACACUUACCAUGGAGCAAAGAGCAAGCUGUUCUCAGGCAACAGGAGCAUGCAGCACGAGGUGCUUUUACCCACCACCAGUGGAAAUUUGAUAGUCUAUGACCCAGAUUGCUCUGCAGUAUUCGAUAGGAAGAAGACCCAGAAUGGAUACUACAGGAUCCGGCCGCGGGCAGAGCGGGAGCCCUUCCUGGUGUACUGUGACAUGUCCGAUGGCGGCGGGUGGACUGUAAUUCAGCGGCGCAGUCACGGCAAGGAGAAUUUCAACAGGAAUUGGGAUGAGUACAAACUGGGAUUUGGAAAAUUCCAGGGGAAGAAUGAUGAAUACUGGCUGGGCAAUGAGCACAUCUAUGACCUGCUCGCUCAAGGGGAGACCUUGUUGAAGAUUGACCUGAUGGACUGGCAUGGAGAAAGACGUUAUGCCAUCUAUGAAAAAUUCCAGCUCACAAAUGAGCAGGACAACUACAGGUUAUGGUUUGGCACCUAUUCUGGUAACGCUGGCGACGCUCUGUCUGGGGGGAGCAAUUUUGAAGAGCAGUGGUCGGCCUCGCACAGAGGGAUGCAGUUCACCACAUCUGACAAGGACCAUGACCGAUUCCUGGGAGGCAACUGUGCGCUGGAGAACAAGGGUGGCUGGUGGUUUAACAGGUGCCACGCUGUGAACCUCAAUGGACGAUACUACAAAGCAGGAAGCUACAGCGGCUCCCACGACGACGGCAUUGUUUGGUCUACCUGGCACGGGAUGUGGUACUCCCUAAAAUACACGGCCAUGAAAAUCAGGCCUCCCUUCUUUGUUGACAGGGAGAGUGGAGAUGGGGAGAACAGUCAGGAUAGCUGAAAUCUGCUGCUUUCAAGAGAAGUGUAGCUACAAAGAACUGCAGAAACCCAUAGCCAGUCCGCCCAUUGCUAACCUGCUGGGCACCUGGAGCUGCAUCUGUUCCUACCGGUUGAGGUCAAAGACAUGAGCUGCUUAAGCACCAAUAAUCUAAUGGGAACUAUGUGGAUCUCAGUCAUGGAAUAAACACAGUUUUCUUCUUCCAUAAUUCUCAGGCUUUCAUUGGAGAGUGUUUAUAUGAAGUUCUCCGGAACUCCGGAGUCAAGCAUGUUAUUUCUGCUAUCUGUACUUUUCAAUAGUUUAAUCUUUCUCACUUUGUUUUUAACGGUCACUAUCCAGUUAUGAGAGCAUAAACACAGAAACAAGAGGAUGAUGACGAACUGGCCUUCUCUGGUGUCCCUUCAUUAGGGUUUUACUUAGGUCAGGAGCAGGUUUUUAAGCAGCUCCCUCUACUGUCCCCCAUUCCCACCCUGCAGCCUCAGAACAACCCUGGAGCGUGUGACUGGAUUCCUUUCGGAGGAGACUAAAGCAGACGAUGCAGUGCAGCUGCUGAGGAGCAUGCAGGCCAGGCCUAUUCUGAAGUAAUCCCCGCAGAGCAGAGGCCACGUGGGCACUGGCCUUCAUCAGCAUCAGCUUCACUGCGCGCAUCCACUGCUACCGUGUACCGCCACACGCACACACAGCUGGUGCUGCCAACCAGACUUUGACUACGUGGAUUUCACUAAUUUUAAGUUGAGCUCAGAUACUCUCAGGAGUUUGCAGAAUGCUGUCGUGAUUCAGCCGUGUUUUCUUCAUCAAUCUAACAGGCAACUUGGAGUUAAUAAAGGGAAAAGAGAAGAUGGAAAAUGAGUGAAACAUGAGGCACGUUAAUUUCACUGUCUCACAUGAAAUGAAAAAGUAACUCAAAUGACUGAAAGAAAGGGAGUGAAAAUGACUGAAAUGACUGAAAAUUUCUUUUCUAGGAAGUUGUUAGUUACAGCUAAAAAUUAACAGUAAUAUCACCCUGACACAAAUAAUUUUAACUUUAUCUGUAUUUUUUCUGAAUUUUGUGCCUAUUUUUUUUCUGAAUUAAAAUAACGAUCUUCUAAUCUUCUAAGACAACUGAGUUCUUUUCCA